AUGAGCAGACAGGAAGUGACCUGCGCUCUGAACAGGAUGUUCCACAGCGCAUCACAGGACGUGCCAGUUCAUGUGACUGCAGCAGCUACUGAGGAGACAUGCAAUAACCUGCUGCUAAAGUACAGAGGUCUGCUGCAGGUCUCGACAACCCCUUCAGGAUCCAUCAGCAAGCCUGGAGUCAGGUGUUUGCUGACGGACCUCAUCCAGGUUCCUGCGGCAGUUCAGGAGGAAGUCGUGUUGGACGAUUUGGAGGCGGCGGUUCAGUCGUGUUUUAAAGGGGUGUUGACCCCAACGGUGAGCAAGCAUCAUCUGUUGUCAUGGCUGCAGAGUGAGCCAUGCCUGUUGCUAUGGUUAUCCACUCUGUACCGGCUGUCAGCCAGUCAGAGCGUCCAGCACAACGUUCGCUGUCACAUCUGUAAGACCCGCCCCUUCACUGGGCUCAGGUAUCGAUGUAUGAAGUGUGUGAACGUCCAUGUGUGUCAGAGCUGCUUCCUGACUGACCGCCAGACCAGGAAACACAAAACCCACCAUCCAGUGCUCGAGUUCUGCAAGCAGCCCACCUGGAGAGAGUCUCUAACCUCGUUGGUGCGCAGUGCUCAUCACACCUUGCUGCCACGGCGACACACUCAGAGAGAAGCUAAUUGGAAGAGGGUCCUAAUGUGGGAGGAGCCAAGCGAGACGGAGAACAGAGCACCACCUGUUUCUGAUGCCUCAACACGAUUGGCUGGCUCGUCUCACAGCCCCUCCUCUGAGAGGGGUGUUUCACACGGCGCCUCAGAGGCUCCUCCUCCUCACUGCUCUUCUUCGUGUAAAUCUCUGCAGACGAAUGAGGACACGUCCAGUCAGCAGACAGUGGCGUUGCUGACAGACGUGAAGAACCUACAGAGGGACCGAUGGCUGUUGGAGCAGGAGCUCCGAACGUUUCGGCUCACUGUCCAAUCCGAGCAGGGCAUCCUGGAGGAAAGGUGCUCUGAGAUGGAAGUUACCGUGGAAACAUUGACGCGGUACAAUGCCCAACUGCAGGGCAUGCUCACACAGGCUCUGAACAAGAUGGAGGCUCAACAACACGCCAGCAACAUGCCAAACAGUGCCAACACGGAGAACACAGAAAGAGGAACCAUCACGCCAACUUCUGACACUCUGAAAAGCACAGAAGAAGAAACAGAGGAGGAAGAGGAGAUAGAGGAUGAGUGGAGCCAGGAAGAACUUCAAACUCAAACAUCUCCCACAAUCCACCAGGGCUCACCUCCCUCACCUGAUGGAGACUGUGAGGAGGAGUCUGCAGGUCGCAUGUCUCCACAUCAUCCAGUAGAGCUACAGCAUGGCCCUGAGGAGGCGGAGCUACAAGGAGAACGAAACAGUCUGUCUGAAGAAGAGGAGGAACAUGGGCCACGUGGUUCAGAGACGCUGCUGCAGGGGACUGUAGAACGACUGAAGGCUGCGCUGGAGACACACAGGUGGACUCAGACAGGUGAGAGGACGAGGGCGGAGCUUCUGCAGGCUGCAGAGCAGGUGGGAGACUCGAUGCUCCACCUGGUCGACGCUAUGGAAACAAACUCACCAGCUGAUUCGUCCAGCUUAGAAAACUUUAUUUAAACAUUAAAUAAAUGCACAGAUACAAAAAGUAUCAAAGUUCACCUGUAGAAAAGUUACCAAAACAUAACGUGUUUCUAUGGAGACGUGAAGCUGCCAGGAUCAUCAUCAAGUCGUCAUGUUUCAUGUGAUGUUUUACA